CAGCCGUCUGCUACCUGGGCCCGCCAGAGCCGGGGCAGGGCCCUGGGGAGAUGGCUGCGGUCCCAGCAGCAGAGAGAACCGGAGAGAGCACGCCACGGCCCCAUGUCUCAGCCAGGGCUUCCUUCCCCAGCUCCCACCCCUGGAUGUGAUGGCGGCUCCUGCUCUGUCCUGGUGUCUGUCCCUCGUCAUCCUCCUUCUGCCCCUGGCCAUCCCUCGGGUGUCCACAGUGGUGAACGACGCCUCCAAGCUCUCGUGCUUCUACAACUCGAAAGCCAACAUCUCCUGCGUCUGGAGCCGGGAUGAUGGCCUGCAGGCCACGUCCUGCAGCAUCCACGCCAAGUCGGAUAAACGGACAUGGAGCAAAUCCUGUGAGCUGCUCCCAGUGAGGCCGGCAACCUGGGCUUGUAACCUGAUCCUCGGACCCCCAGAUUCCCAGAAGCUGACCUCGGCUGACACCGUCAACAUGAGCGUGCUGUGCCUCGAGGGGGAGAAGUGGAGGAUGGCGCUGACCCAGGACUUCAAGCCCUUCGAGAACCUUCGCCUGAUGGCCCCCGACUCCUUCCACAUCAUCCACCUAGGGACCCACAGAUGCAACGUGACCUGGAGCGUCUCCCAGUCUUCCCACUACAUUGAAAAAUACCUGCAGUUUGAGGCCCGGACAAGGUCCCCGGGCCACAGCUGGGAGGAGGCCACCCUGCUGACCCUCAAGCAGAACCAGCAGUGGAUCUGCCUGGAGACGCUCGCUCCAGACACCUCGUAUGAGCUUCAGGUGCGGGUCAGGCCCCAGCUGGACAACCCUAAGGCUUGGCGCCUCUGGAGCCCCUGGAGCCAGCCCCUGGCCUUCAGGACGAGGCCCGCAGCCCCGGGGAAGGAGAACUUGCCUGUUAUUCGGUGGGGCCACAUCUCAGUGGGCCUCAGUGGCGGCUUUGGCUUCAUCAUCUUGGUCUACCUGCUGGUCAACUGCCGGUACAUCGGGCAGUGGCUGAAGAAGGUUCUGAAGUGUCACAUCCCAGACCCCUCCGAGUUCUUUUCCCAGCUGAGCUCCGAGCAUGGAGGAGAUUUCCAGAAGUGGCUCUCCUCGCCCUUCCCCUCGUCCUCCUUCAGCUCCAGCGGCCCGGCGCCGGAGAUCUCCCGGCUGGAGGUGCUGGACAGGGACGCCAAGGCCACACAGCUGCUCCUGCUGCAGCAGGAGCAGGCGCCCUCGCCCGCGGCCGAGACCAGCGGCCACUCGCUGGCCAGCUGCUUCACCAACCAGGGCUACUUCUUCUUCCACCUCCCGGAUGCCCUGGAGAUCGAGGCCUGCCAGGUCUACUUCACCUACGACCCCUGCGCAGAGGAGCUCGACGAGGGGGGGCCCCUCCCAGCCCUGCCGCCUCUGCCGGGCGAGGACGAUGCCUACUGCACCUUCCCCCCCGGGGAGGACCUGCUGCUCUUCUCGCCCAGUCUCCUGGGUGGCCCAAGCCCCCCGAACACUGCCUUAGGGCGCAGCAGGGCCAGUGAAGAGAGGCCGCCCCCCGCCCUGCAGGAGGGAGCCCCUGCAGACUGGGCCCCGCAGCCCCCAGCGCCUCUGAAGGCAGAGGACCCCGACCUGGUGGAUUUCCAGUCACCCCCCGAGCAGCCGCUGGGAGAGGCAGGAGAGGAGGUCCCUGCCCCCAGCCCUGGGGAGGGGGCCAGCUUCCCCUGGGCCAGCCCUCCCGGGCAAGGCCAGGUCAGGGCCCCCGCCUCCCGCCUGACCCUGAACGUGGAUGCCUACCUGUCCCUCCAAGAGCUCCAGAAUCAGGACCCAGCUCACUCGGUGUAGACAGAUGGCCAGGGGUGGGAGGCAGGUGGCUGCCCACUGCUGCGCCAGGUCUAGUUGAGGACUCUGUGUCCUUGGGGCUUGUCCAGCUGCCCCCUGGACACUUCCGCCCAGACCAGCCCUGCACACUCAGCCUGUGUGUGCACUCAGUGUGCACUCACCCUUCACUCCCAAACCUCAGUUGCUGCUCUCCGGGCCCACUGCCCAAGCCAGCAACUGCGGGGGAGGGGCGCACUGACUCCCCCACUCCCUGGUAACUUCCUCUCCAGCCCUGCGGCCACUCUCCAGGGAGAGUUCUCGGGGCUCUCCAGGGGUCAUCGCCUCAGGCCUCUUCACUGGGCUUCCUGCCCGUGUCUCACCUCUUCCCACCCACCCUCCGCAGGGCAGCCAGAGCACUCUUUCCAAAACACAAAUAUGGCUAUGCUGCCCAUUGUUCUAAACCCUGCCAUGGCUCCCCACUGCCCUCAGCCCCACGUCUUGGCCUGGCCCUUGCCCCUCCAGCAUCAUGUUGGGACAUUCCCUUCUGGAACCCUCCCAACCGUGCCAUGAGCCACUCAGAUCUCCCUCAUGCCCCCACACCGUUGCACAUGCCGUUCCCUGUGCCUGGGGGGCCCUCUCCUCCCUCCCUUAGGUGACAAGCUCCCUUAUCCUUCAAGCGUCAGUUUUGCCUCCCCUUGGAGGGGAACAUUGCCUCUCUUAAGGCGCUCAGACUUCAAGAUUCCGUGCUGGAGGGACAAGCUCUCAGGGUCACAGAGAGGCCAGAAAAAGCGGCCUUGUCACUUCCCUCUUGGGCUCUCUUGUGACCUCGGAAUACUUGGCCACCACAUCCUUAACACUGUGGCCCAAGUACGGACACGAAUCCCCCAGCAGAGUGGACACUGGCUGGAUCUUUCCACAACAGUUGCACAGAUGCAUAAGGCACACUGCAGGAAAGCAACCCCCGCCUGGUGGCUGGUCCUGAUGCUGUCACAAGGAGUCCACCCUGGACCCCUCGUGCUCUGCCCUCCACUGGGCUCCCAAGGGCUGGCACACCCCCUCCAGAAGAGCAGCUCCGUUCACUGAGCAUUCACAGUGCACCUGGCACCCCAUCCUAUUCCCUGGAUGAGUUAAUGAACUAUCUGGCACCACCUUGCCUGGGCUCCCUGCACCCAGCUGCCUUCAUGCAGGGGGCACCACCCACCUCACAGGAGCACCUCUGGUGCCUUGAUCCUUCUGAGGUCAAGACUUGGAGAGGCGGAGCCCCACACCCACUAUGUUCCUGCAUGUCCGCUCCAGAACGAGGCUCAUCCCCUCACACACAGCUGGCCCCUUCCUUCUCAGUGCCCCCACCACCCCUCCACUUCUCUUCCUUGUGUCCCUGGCACUGAUCACACCUGCGAUAUCUGUCACAACCUUCCUCCUUGAGUCAGAGUCUCAAGGAGGAAGGGACCUCAUCCCAGCGACUCUGGUGAGAGCACAGUGCCCGCAUUUAUAGGCCCUGCUCACAGCUGAUUGGGCGCCCAAACAAGCCCACCCAUAGGCUGACCAGCAGCCUAUGAGGUGGCUGAGAGCAGAAACUCCGUCCAAUCAGGGAGGCCGGGUCUGAGCUGGCCAAUCAGAUUUCUCUCAGCAUUUGAACUCAGGAAGGGAGGGACAUCCCUGGGAGCAGGAGCACGUGGAGAAGGCGCCCUGAAAGGCUAGAAGGGAGUCCAGCCACGUUAGCAGAGGGUGGCGGCUUCCAGAUACAGAGACUCCUGCUCCCCAGGGGGCUACUGGCCGGUCGCUCAGGAUUCCUGUUUGCCUUAUGUCCAAAAUAAACUCCUCUUUCCUGA